CAUGAAUGUAGCGUAUAGUCUGUUUACUAUGCGUGUCAUUCAUCCAGAGGAAAAAAAUAAUCGGUCCGAGUUCUCUGGCUUCUUCCUCGCUUCACAAAUUUAUUGAAGACCAUUUGGGAAGAUUUCAAGAUGUCAGAAGAGGACGGCGUACCUCCAGAAAGAGAUGUAAAGGAUUUUAAAUUCCAGCAGUUAUGCAGAUUUAGAAUAAGUGACAGUCCAUCAGAUCUACCAAAACACAAGUCAAGAUUGCUGGCAUCAUCAUCACGAUAUGGGCUCGUCUUUGUUGGGUAUGACACAGGUUUUAAGGUCAUUAAGCCUGCAGAACUCAGUAAGAUUGACCAAGCCAAUGCUAGAGACCGGAUGACAGUUAUUAUUGACAAUUUCCCGUUGGUUGCUGAUAUAACAAUUCAAGGAUUUGUGUCAUUCAUUUCCCUCAAUGCUGACGAAUUGAGCUUGGCUGUGGUAGUUACCAGAGAUGAUCUUGUGCAGGCCUAUUUAUAUGAUGUCAGAGCUUUUGCUGACAAGACGACACCUGUCCAGUGCUUUAUGACGGUUCGGCUGACCAAUGGUGGGGCUACCAGAUUUGAGGAUCUUGCUUGGAAUCCUGUCCAGCCAAGCACUCUUGUAACUGUACAGACUGAUGGUGGUAUUAGUCUGUACGAUAUUUCUGACAAACUCACUAUCGUGGCAACCAUAAAAGCAUCAUCGGCCAACUGUGUGUGUUGGAGUCCACGGGGAAAGCAGCUAGUUGUUGGUACGACAGACGGAAAACUGGUACAAUAUGAUCAGGAGCUGAAGAAGAAACGGGAAUGGGUAUGUCCCGAUAUACUGACUAGGGGCAACUACAAAGUUGUUGGUGUUAUUUGGCUGUCCACAUUUGAGUUUCUGACAGCCUAUAUCCCUGACAGUGCUGAGCCAAGUGACCAGCCUGACAUUGUCCUUAUCAGAGGAUCUAAAGACGGGCCCAUCCGCUACCAGAAUUUUGAGGACCCUUGCUUUGGAAAUGGGGAAGAGCGAGAGAGGAGGCUUUUGUUUCAAGUUCUAUCAAAAUGGGACAUGCUACUUGCCUGUUCAAGUAAUGCUUGUGAAAUAUCUGUUAUUGGGAAACACCAGAGUGAAAAAGGUGACUGGGAACGUUGGAACCUUGAUGAUUCAGCUCGGGCCGAGCUUCCUUUGACAGACAACCAUUUUGACACUUUCCCAAUGGGUGUUGCGAUUGACUACUCCUCUCAGCAUCCUAUACUACUAGGUGAGGGAAGUCACCCUCCGUCCCCCAUCCUUCUCCUACUGUCCACAGACGGGGUACUAGUACCAUACUACAUGAUGAACACCUACAGUGGGGCAGCCAUCCUUACAGAGCCUCCCAAACCACUCACCACGGCCGGGAUGAGACAACCCAGAGGAGAGUUAGAGACUGAUGCUGCUAGAGCUCCUAUCAGUUCUAAUACUGGCAGUGGAGCUACCACUGGACUGGCCAGUACUGGCACUGGGCUAUCUACAGGAGUAGCCACAGGGCUAACUACAGGGCCAAGCUUCCAGUUUGUGAACCCAAAUGCGACAGCUACCACUAAGGCUGCUGUUUCAUCCUUUGGAAUUCCCAAAACCACAGCCCCAUCACUUUUUGGCAGUGGCCCCCCAGCCUCAUUUGGACCUGGUACGUCUUUUGGAGGAUUAACCACAACAAAAGCUACUCCGGCAAGCACAAAUACAACAUCCACAGUGGCUUCUGCAGCUCCAUUCAGUUUUUCACAAGGCACCCCAACAUCAACAUCUAAGGCUGCUACCUUCAGCUUCAGUGAGUCCCUGUCCAAGAACGAUGCGUCUUCAGGGUUCAACUUUGGGGGUAGCUCUACCCCAAGUGGAGGGUCUUCAGCUUUCAGUUUUAAGACAUCAUCUUCCAGUGGCGCCACAUCAGUGUUUGGUGUACCUAGUACAACUAGUGAUAACAAAUCAAACGGCAUAUUUGGAGCAGCACCAAGCACUGCUGGUACUACCCCCACUGCUCCUGCCCCGACAUCCACUUUUGGAUUUAGUGUUAAUUCAACAAAACCGACAGUCAGUUUUACUACAUCAAGCGUGUCAUCACCCUCAGCUUCCAAGACUAGUGGGUCAAGCUUUGCCAAUGUUGCACCCGGUACUCAAGGUCCUGUGAUCCCCCCAGGUGUACAGUUGUCAGGAGGAACACGCCCUGAGAGACCAGAACAGACUCGUCCACCUGCAGCACAAGCAUUCCCCGGGAUAGGACAGACUCAGCAUGCACAACCCCAACAGCAACAUGCAUUUAAAGGCUUUGUAACAUCGGCUCAGAGCUCAACACCAACUGUAACACCUCAGUCAGCCUUAGGGUUUAAAGGGUUCAUCAACCCUCAAAUGUCACAGCCCACCACCCCAACACCUAUGCCAAACCUGACUGGACAGGCAGCAGGUGUGGGCCAGCCUGCAUCAUCUCAGUUUAAAGGUAAGGCUCCAGCUGUUUCUGUUUCUAAGGCACCUGUUCCGACAGCUUCAGUACCAUUCACACCUCCUUCCGGUAAUCGUCUACCAACUGCCCCUGUCCAGCCAAUUGGAAGAGUUCAAGAGAGCAGACUAGCCCCUGUACAAGCAGUUGAGACCCCCAGAUCAGGUGAUUCAGAAGACACUUUCACAAAGGGCAUCAUGGAGGAGUUGGCUCACUUUGAGGAGGAGAUGUCAGAGUUUCGGGCCCAAACCUGUAAUGGCGGAGUCCUGGUGGGCAGUCGAUCGGAGAUGCACCAGCUUAGAGGAAAGGUGGAAGAGUUAACCAACUUUUCAUCAGAGAUCAUAACAACAACGAAGGACCAGACUAAGGAGGUUGAUGAGCAGAAGUCACUGUGUCUGGAUUUAUUUGCCAUGGUGGAGGAGUGCCGUUUACGAGAGAGUCGGAAUACUGACAACAAGUACAUGCAUCUAUUAAAAGCACGGGCCUUGGACCCUGCCAGUCUGGACCACCUCCGGCAGCUACAGCAGCAGUACCAGGUGCUUGACCAGGGCCUCAGAGACGUGGACGCCAUCUUAGAUCAACAGUGGAAAGAACAUCAGAAUAGGGACAGAAACAGAAACAAGAUCAAGGCGCCGACAACAGAUGUGAUGUAUCGCGUCCUGAAGAGUAACAGCUCUCUGAUACGCAACCAAAAGUCUAACCUCAACAACUUGGAAAAGAAAUUGAAGGAGCUUAAACUCUACAAUAAAACUUCAGCAUGGCAACACUCCAAUUCUUCAAAUAAUGAAUCAAGAGAUUUAGAGUUGUCUACCCUGGCAGAUAGUCUGUUGGAUGUGGAUGAUACUCCAAAGCCUAGCCUCUCCUCCACACAGAUCAGCAAUAAAGCUCCAAGUCCGGAGAAACAAGCACGCCUUCGUGACCACCUAGCUAGACGUGCAGUACCCAGAAUUAAGUCCACCAGGCCAGAGAAUUUGUCAAUGUCCCGUAUAGCUGCUGUAGACCGACGGAGGUAUGACCCAGAAGAGACUGUUGUGGCUCAUGCACCGGAGCAAAACUUCCAAAAACAUAUAGCUGAGAGAGGGUCCAAACAUUAUGGCACUUCGUUCAGACAACCAACCGGAAAUAAAAUGUCUUCUGGUGGCAUGAAUACAGCGGGAAACGUUGGUGGUCAGAUGUUUAUGCCAAGUGGUCAGAUGUCAGCCCUGUCCACCAUACAAGGCAAACUUCCCAUGACUAUAACUGGACAGUCUGGAACAAGGGAUGUGAGCAGGCAUAAUAUGCCCCCUUUGAGUGGUAACAACAACCUUCCAUCCAAGUACACAUUCAGUGCUCCUUCAGCUGUCCCAGGGGGACUGAAGAACCUAGGCCACAUAGUUGUGGAAGACAUAACACCACCCUCAUCCACAGGAUAUGAAGAAGAAGAUGAGGAAGACGAUGAAGAGGAUGAAGAGGAUGACACAUAUGAUGAUGACGAUGAUGAUGAUUAUGAGGAAGAGGAAGAUGAGAAUGGUAUUGGAUUUGGAUCCCAAUAUACCAUGACAGAACAAGCCAAUGAGAACAUUCUUGUUAAAGGCCAUAGCACUUCACUGCCUAAGGCUGUUGGAUUUAAUAUUGCUCAGACAUCUGGAAAUGUAAACAAAAACUUGUUUGGAUCUGCUGUCACCAAUAAAUCUGUGUCAGGUACUGUAGCUACUACAGUGAGUCCAAUGGUGGCAACAUUUGGUGGAAAACCAGGAGAAUUCAGCUUCAGCAGUGGAACACAGUCCCAGACCUCCUUCACCUUUGGUGGCAAUGCUGGUGGGUCUGCAUUUGCAUUUGGUGGAACCUCUAAACCAGAAACUGGAGUUAAAACACCAGGUGUAGCAUCAGCCAGUACCACCAAGUCUGACCAAUCAGCUUUCUCCGUGUCUGCCACAAAACGUCCAGCAGUAGCUAAGGACACGGGUUUCAACUUCGGAGGGCAAAUGGCUAAAAACACAGACAGGCCAAGUGAGGAAGUAUCAACUAUCAGUCCCCUGUUAUUGGAAGCCCUGUCUGAGGAGGAAGUUCCCAGAGUACCAACGAGUGGUACAGCAGCUGCAGGGUUUUCAUUCACUAAUCCUGUACCACAAUCAAAACCUGAUGUCUCGGCCGCAGGAACUCUCAAACAAGAAUUAGGAAGCAGCCAAGAGCCCAAGAAAGUAUUUGGACAAUCAACAUCAAUUGGAGGCAGUUUGUUCAGAGUCCAAACCUCUGUUGCCUUGAAAGCUGGUGGCAGCAGUGCUGCAUCCACAGCCAAUACAGCAGCCAUUCUGUCUACACCUGCCUCCACCGUGUCAUCUUCUUUCCCAGGUUUUAGUGUGAGUUCCUCUACUCCUGUGUUUGGACAAACAAGCUCAGCUGUGCCCAGCGUAACUACCACAGCUACAGGUAAUGGCUUGUUUGUAAAACCAGCAGUAACAGCACCUACAACGCUUAUACCAGGAGGUAGCAUUGUGUCGGGAAAUUCUGCAUCAGCGGGUGUAUCUCAGAUUUCUUCCUCAACUUCCACUCCUACUACAAGUGCAACCACUGGACUGUUUGGAAAAACAGAAGCUGGGGUAGAGGUAACCAGUCCAGAGCCUGAUACUCAAUCACCAGGAGAUGUGUCUGGUCAGUCAGAAACAUCAGUUAGUGCUUUUGGUCAGCCAACUCAAGCGACCACUGGGCUGUUUGGUAAACCAACCACAACCAGUACAGGGGGCUUGUUUGGAACGGCUACCUCAACCAGUACAGGGGGCUUGUUUGGAACAGCUACCACCUCCACCGCCAGUACAGGGGGUUUGUUUGGAACAGCCACCUCCACCACCAGUACAGGGGGCUUGUUCGGAACAGCUGCCACCUCCAGCACCAAUGCAGGAAGUUUGUUUGGAACAGCUCCUUCCACCACCAGUACUGACACCAUAUUUGGAACAACUGCCUCCACUACAAAACCUGGAGGCAUGUUUGAAACACCCAGUUCAACUACAAGUACAGGGAGCAUAUUUGGGGUGACCACUGCAAACUCAGCUACACCUGCAUUUGGUGCUUCAUCCUCUGCUACUUCUACUACAACCUCUUUGUUUGGGGGGACAUCUGCAUCGACAUCAGCUUCGUCAAUAUUUGGAUCUGCACCUGCAGUGUCUCAAUCAGCCCCCAUAUUUGGAAGCACUUCAGCUUCUAAGCCUUUAUUUGGUAGCACACCUACUUCAACAACAUCAGCCCCUUCCAUGUUUGGGGGUACACCCAUAAGUACAGCCUCCACUGGAUUUGGAGGAUUCACCAGUCCUAGCUUUGGUACGAGUGCGACGUUUCCACAGUCGAAUCAAAGCAGUACCUUGUUUGGUCAAGCAGCUACAACUCAAGCAGGAUUUGGCCAAUCACCAAGUCAGUCUCCCUUCAGCCAAACACAGUCCAGCUCUCAAAACCAGGCAUCUGGAGAUGGCGGCUUGUUCAGUGGACUCGGAGGGCAACCAAGUGCAGAAAAGGCCAACACCAAUGUAUUUGGUUCUCCCUCCAGUUUUGGAUCAUCUGACCAACCUGGUACAGCGUCACUAUUUGGCAACCAGACGAGUACAGGAUUUGGUACAACUGGAUCAGGACCAAACUCGCCUUCUGGUGGGGCCUUCUCGGGGGGAUUUGCCAUGGGAGGUACAGGGGUAGGAUCUUCCGGCUUCGGGGUCAACCAGUCACAGGGGCAAGGUUUUGGGGCGGCACCAUCAUUUGGAGGCAGCGCUACAUUUGGGAGCACACUCGGAGGGUUUGGUAGUCCACCAGGCUUUGGGAGUGGAGCAGCUUUUGGAAGUGCAGCCUCCUUUUCUAGUCCUGUGACCAGUGCUAGUACCAGCCCGGGAGGUACAGGAUUUGCAGGAUUUGCCAGUUCCAACAGCCCAACAUUUGGGAGCCUUGCAGGCUCGUCAGAUACACCAACCUUUGGCUCCAUGGAGGGAGGUGGAGGAGGAGGAGUAGGAGUAGGGGGAGGAGGAUUCAGUACUACACCAGGAUUUGGAGGAGGGACUAGUGCUGGAUUCGGAUCUACAUCUUCUCAAGGAUUUGGAAAUGCUGGAACCGGAAAUAAUUCAUUUGGGUCCAAUCCAGCUUUUUCGGGAUAUAGAUAAGAUCCACCUGUUGUAUGUCACAUCUGGACCAGGAACUCAAGUGUUCAAUUUGCAGAGGAAUUUAAAUAGAAGAAUUAGGACUUGAACAAUGAUAAGAAACUGUAGAUGUCAUAUUGUUUACACCUAUGGAUUGUCAGUGACAUGUAAAGAGUGGAUUCCUCAGCUUGAUGCUUGCAGAUGUAAUGUCCUGUUAAUUUGUUAUGACAAUAAUAAAUAUCCAGAAAAUG